GCUUAAAACUCGCGAGACCUGUACUUGCGUUUGAGUUUUGCUUCAGGGCUUCAUUUUUGUCGAUAUGCUGAUAUCUGAGUAUAAGUUUAGUAAACCGCUAGCAUGUGACCAGCAAUUUUAAGAAAGUUACCACCUGGCGAUAUUUUCAACUAUCAUUCAACUAAUCAUCAGAAUUAUUCGGGUAACUUUUUAGCCACGGUAAUGACAUCCCGUAUUGUUUUGCCCUACUCUUUGUAACUCGGAUGAAGUGACGUUGACCCCACCCUCCGACAGGCGUCAGUGUCUCUGCCGUCUGCCCCGCGGCCCAGCAGCGCGGAGGGCGACCAUUUCCACGCGGGCCGCCAGUUCGCGCGCGGCUUUCCGGACGAGAUGGCCGAGGUAACCCGGGUGGCCGAGCAGAUGGUGGCUGACCGGGGCGCCGGGCCGCGCGGCCGCUCGCUCGCCCAGCUGGCGCUCGUCAGCCCGCUGGCCAGCCUGGUGCGAUCCAAGCCGCAGCUGGUCCGGCCGUCGGCGCAGGCGUCCUCCUCCCGGCCGGCCACCAUGAUGGAGGCCUACAACUUCAUGAGGGGCAUCAUGGACGAGUGCACGCACCUGGCCAACUUCCCCGUGCCGGUGGAUCCCGAGCUGGUGCUCAUCGUACAGGCUCGUGACGACGCGUAUAUCCCUCGGGAGGGUCUGACUAGUCUGACCGAGCUGUGGCCGGGCAGCAAGGUGCGCUUCAUCGACACGGGACACAUCGGCGCCUACCUCUUCAACCAGGACACCUUCAGAGAGGCAAUCGUCGACACGUUUGAAAAGAUGAUAAAGAAGUACGAUCUGAAGGACAUCAGCGAUUAUAUCACGAUGAAGACUGGUGUCAAACAGCAGCAGCAGCAGCCUGCCGAAGAUGAGAAACAGCGGUCUCGUAUCGCGAUGAAGGCUGGUGUCAAACAGCAGCAGCAGCAGCCUGCCGAGGAUGAGAAGCAGCGGCCCCGCGACGCCUCCCAGGUCGGGGCCUAACUGACGCGUCACUGGCGGGGUCGCGCCAGGCUGUGCAAUAUCAACAAACUAGAGCUUAGGACGAGGCAGUAACCCCUCACGCCCCGUGCCGGAGAUUCGAUUCGGUCUGUUGUGUACCGAUUAUGCGCUCAAUUGUGGGUUUGCCAUGCUGAAGUGAUAAUUAGCUAGCAAACAAUUGUGACAGUGUUCACAUGAGUCAGAUUCAGUGCAACUUGGUUGGGCGGCUUGGAAUUUUGCAGUUCAUCCGCUUUAGUCAUUGGUUUACUUACAUGGCUGUACCGUAGACCCCCGUUACACCGGUAUGCGAAGGUCUAUAACUGUAACUUUGUUUGGUGUGAUGUAGGCUCGGGACAAGUUUUUUGUUAUUCAGUUGUACAUGGCGACGGUAGGAUAUAAUCCAUCGUCGUUGCGACAUGCUUCCCUCCGUGCCAGAGCGCAUGAGAAGUCCAGAUAAUAAGGAGUGUUUAUAGCUCCAUGAAUUAGCGGUGGCUGUGGCCCUGUAGGUCGCUCCACGGGCUACUCCUUUCGAUGGCAGUGUUUUACAACUCGAAGCAUUAUAUUGUGUGAUGUUCUGAGUUCAGCUGUGUAACGUGUUCGAGAUGAACAAAACAUACUGCCAUGGCCGCAUUCGGGUUAAUGCUGCUGUUCUGGUAGUACACACAAAACAGUGCAAAUAAUACAAGAACGGUUUCCAAU